AUGCCUCCGCUUCUCUCGCUCGGAUCCUCACAACGGCUUGUCUCUGGCAUUCUCACGGCCAUGCUCGCCUUCAUCCUCCUAGCGUACACCUACUAUGCCGUUGGUGUUGACGGAGGGACCGGCUUCACCACCACCGGCUACUCAAGCGAGUCGGGACUCCCACGAGCGUCAUAUCACCACGGUGCUGGCGUUUUGCGCUAUGUCAAUCCAAGAAUCGGGACAUACGGCAUCACGCCAAACGGCAAUGGCGGCAUGAUUCCAUCAGUCAGUCCGCCCUUUGGCAUGACGAGGUGGACGCCACAAACGAGAGAAGUAAGUCGAUUGCGUGUCAUCGAGAUGUCGGUGAGUUGAGUUGCUCAUCGGAAUCAGAACUUCAUCUCUCAAUGUCCGUACAAUGAACUCGACACCCACAUUCACGGCUUCCAAGCGACCCAUCAGCCCGCCAUAUGGAUGGGCGAGAGCGGCCAGGUGGUACUCACGCCGGGAGUGGGGGCAAUCAGACCCUCUUUUGUGCAGAGGGCACAUCGGUUUAACAAGCGAGAUGAAGUCAGCACGCCUUACGUCUACCAGGUCACAGUGAAUGCCGAGGCCGAGACAGCGAACGAGAAUCUGACUGAAAGCAUCUAUUCGCCCGUACCUGGGGGCGCACAACCCGUUCCGGACGAUGUGCGUGAAGGGGCCAAUGGGCGAACAAGAAGGGAUCUUCCAGUCUCGGAGGUAGGGCGGACGCAAGUGGAGGAGCCCCGCGAGACUCCAAGCUGGGACAGAGCGAUAAGAACUGCAAUGACAGCCAGCGCUCAUGUCGGACACAUGAGGUUUGACUUUCCGUCUGGACCUCCCGAUGAAGAGCCAUAUGUGACCGUCCAAGCGACGAGGAAGAACUGGACUGGCUCCAUUAAUAUCAACCCUACGAUGCGAGAAAUCUCGGGCACUAACAACCAACGCCAAGACUACCUUCUCGGGCCUCUGAAAGCACCUCAGUUCAACAGUCAUUUCGUAUCCCGCUUUUCCAGGCCAUUCAGCUCAUUCUCGGUCACUCUUGGCGGAGACCCGAUCCCUGAUGUACGAGCUGGAUAUGGCUCAGAGAUCGGUGCUUACGUCAGGUUUGGAAAAGCAAGUCGGGUGGAAGUGCGUACUGGAGUGUCUUUUGUUAGCAUUGAACAGGCGAGGAAGAAUUUGGAUCUUGAAGCACCGACUUCCUUGACGUUCGAUGCGGCGGUGGACAAUCUGAAAGCUGCUUGGCUUGAAAAGCUCCGACGGGUCACCAUCGAAGGAGUCAACGAUACAGACAGCGAUCACGAUCCACGCACAAUCUGGUACACUGGGCUCUUCCAUGCUCUGCAGUAUCCAUCAGACUUUUCUGAGCCUACCGGGAAUGGCGACCUGCGGACAUUCUACAGCGGAUACACCGAUCGUGUGUACGUGAGCAACGACUCCUACUACCAGUCAUGGUCAAUAUGGGACACUUUUAGGGCGGAGCACAGCCUACUCACCCUUUUCGCACCAGAGCGGGUCAACUCCAUGAUGCGGUCACUUCUCUCGAUCUACGAUUGGGCCGGCAGACUACCAAUGUGGGCCAACGUCGUUGAGACGAAUAUAAUGAUUGGCACCCACGUCGACGCCGUCCUCGCCAAUGCGCUCACUCGGGGCUUCCGCGAUUUCAACCUCUCCAAGGCUUGGGAAGCUGUCGAAAAGAACGCAUUUGUUCCCCCUCUCAACGACACGACUUUGCUUUACUACGACCGCGAAGCUGAAACCCCGGAUGAGGUGCGCGCUGGUCUUACGAGCUACAUGUCGCAUGGUUAUGUUUCGAACGACGGCUGGUCUGAAUCCGGCUCUCGAACUUUGGACUACGCUUUCGAUGACCACGCAGCCGGCGUAGUCGCGACGUACGCUGGCAAAAACGAGACAGCAAACGCUCUGUACGAUCGCAGCAUGAACUAUCACAACAUAUACAACCCUGGAACUACUUUCAUGGAAGCCAAGAAUCUUAACGGAACCUGGGCCGGUCGUGAUCAAGGCUGGACAGAGGGAGAUGACUGGAUCUAUACUUUCAACGUAAUGCAUGAUCCGCUCGGCCUAGCGAAACUCAUGGGCGGCAAAGAGAGGAUGAAGGCAAAGCUCGAUGAAUAUUUCCAAGGAGGACAUAACGAUCACUCCAAUGAACCCUCACACCAUGCACCGUACAUGUAUGCUGCAAUUGGUUACCCAAACGACACACAGACUCUCGUCAGAGAGAUCGCGUAUCAGAAUUACAAUGCGACUCCUGCUGGACUCAGUGGAAACGAAGACUUGGGACAGAUGAGCGCUUGGUAUCUUUUCUCGUCUUUGGGGUUCUAUCCGGUGAACCCGGCUUCAGACGAAUAUGUGGUUGGGUCGCCAUUCUUCGAAGAAGUCACAAUCAGACUUCCUGCUGGAGCUGCGACAGGUGGUGAUGUCGAUGCGGAGAAAGAGCACACACUGGUCAUUACCGCGCCAGAUGCACCGACGAAACCUUUUGUGAAGGAUCUGAAGGUCGAUGGUGUGUCUGUUGAAGGCAGACCGGUGCUGCGACAUGAGCAGAUUGUGACGGCGAGGAAGAUUGAAUUUGAGAUGAGCGAUACGCCGGCUAGCUGGGGAAGAGGUGGUGUGUGA